AGAAUUAAUCUUCUCCUGUGUACAGGAGGAUAUAUAAUAAUCUAUUUUUAGAAUAUAGUAAUAUUUGAUCCAUUAUCAAGAAUCGAGGUUCUCAACUCGAAUAUAUCGUUCACCUUUCUAAAAACACGUGCAUGGCUUCUGGUGCUAACCAGUGCUAACCUCUCCAACAUUUCGUUACGUGUCUUCGAUGCAUGAGGCAUGACACCUUAAAUCGAUAGUUGCAUCAGAUCAGGACUGAUCAGAACCAGCCGGUGCUGAAUAUUUCGCGAAAUAGUUGUUGACAGUUCCUUGAAUAUGACAGAAAAACUUCCGGAGUCUAUAAAUUUCCCAAGGGAAGAGGAGAUAGUUUUGGAAUUGUGGAAAGAACGCAAUACUUUUCAAAAUUGUCUGAAGCAGUCAAAAGGAAAACCGAAAUAUGCGUUCUACGACGGUCCACCUUUUGCCACUGGACUACCUCAUUAUGGUCACAUACUCGCAGGGACGAUAAAAGAUAUUGUGACAAGAUAUGCUCAUCAAUCUGGUUUUCACGUGGAAAGGAGAUUUGGUUGGGACACUCAUGGCUUGCCUGUCGAAUUUGAAAUAGAUAAGACUCUGAAUAUAAAAGGUCCUGAUGAUGUUGCUAAAAUUGGAAUAGCAAACUAUAACAAGGAAUGUAGAAAGAUCGUGAUGCGGUAUGCAACAGAGUGGGAAACAGUAGUGAGUAGAAUUGGCAGAUGGAUAGAUUUUAAGAACGAUUACAAGACCCUCUACCCCUGGUACAUGGAAUCUAUCUGGUGGAUCUUCAAGGAAUUAUAUAAUAAGGGUCUUGUAUAUCAGGGUAUUAAAGUAAUGCCUUUUUCUACUGGUUGUAACACACCACUAUCCAAUUUUGAAUCAGGACAAAAUUACAAAGAUGUUGUUGACCCUUCUGUAGUUGUAUCUUUUCCCUUGGUGGAUGAACCAGCUAUUUCUAUUCUUGCUUGGACUACCACUCCUUGGACUCUACCUAGCAAUUUAGCACUUUGUUGUAAUCCUAAUUUCGAAUAUGUGGAAGUUAAAGAUCAUUCUUCUGAUAACAUUUAUAUUAUAUUAGAGUCAAGUUUAGAGCUUAUAUAUAAAUCUCAAGAUUUAUACACUGUACAGGGUAGAAGAAAAGGAUCAGAUUUAAAGGGAAAGAUAUAUAAACCCCCUUUUCCAUACUUUCAACAUUUAAGAGAAAAAGGUGCUUUUGUAGUACUAAACGAUACAUAUGUUACUGCAGAGUCUGGUACAGGUAUAGUACAUCAAGCUCCCUAUUUUGGUGAGGAUGAUUAUCGAUGUUGUUUAGAAGCUGGUGUUAUAACAAAAGACCAGGAAAUUAUAUGUCCUAUUGAUGGCUGUGGACGUUUUGUAGAACCAGUCAUUGAUUUUGCUGGAAAAUAUGUAAAAGAUGCUGAUAAAGAAAUAAUAAAAUAUCUUCAAACAAAUAAGAGAUUAGUUCAUAGCAGUACCAGUAAGCAUAGUUAUCCAUAUUGUUGGAGAUCUGAUACUCCAUUAAUUUAUAAAGCUGUGCCUUCAUGGUUCAUCAGAGUAGAGGCAAUAAAGGAUCAACUCAUAGCAGCCAACAGUAAUACUUACUGGGUACCGGAUUCUGUUAAAGAAAAACGAUUUGGUAACUGGUUAAGAGAUGCACGCGAUUGGGCCAUCAGCAGAAAUCGUUAUUGGGGUAAUCCAAUCCCAUUGUGGGUAUCAGAUGAUGGACAAGAAGUUGUAUGCAUAGGAAGUAUGGCAGAAUUGGAAAAAUUAACCAACACAAAAGUAACAGACAUUCACAGAGAAAGUAUAGAUCAUUUAACUAUACCCUCAAAUCGACCAGGCUAUCCACCUUUAAAACGUGUACCUGAAGUCUUUGAUUGCUGGUUUGAAUCUGGAUCUAUGCCAUAUGCACAAAUGCAUUAUCCUUUUGAACAUAGGAAAGAAUUUGAAGAGAACUUCCCAGCUGAUUUUAUUGGAGAAGGUAUUGAUCAAACGCGCGGAUGGUUUUAUACUCUAUUAGUUAUAUCAACUGCACUUUAUGGAAAAGCUCCAUUUAAAAAUCUUGUUGCCAAUGGCUUGAUUUUGGCAUCUGAUGGACAAAAAAUGUCCAAACGUAAGAAAAAUUAUCCAGACCCUAUAGAAAUUGUUAAUAAAUAUGGAGCAGAUGCUCUGCGUUUGUACUUAAUUAAUUCUCCUGUUGUAAGAGCUGAAAAUUUACGAUUUAAAGAAGAAGGAGUUAGAGAUGUUAUAAAAGAUGUAUUCCUACCUUGGUAUAAUGCAUUCAGAUUUCUAAUGCAAAAUAUUGAACGAUUUGAGAGAGAAGAAAAAAUUACUUUCAUACAUGAUGAAACUAAAAAUGUACAUUCUAAUAAUAUCAUGGAUAAAUGGAUUCUAUCUUUUACACAAACAUUAUUAGAAUUUGUUAAACAGGAAAUGCAAGCUUACAAAUUAUAUACUGUAGUACCUCGUUUGGUAAAGUAUAUAGAUAAUCUUACUAACUGGUAUGUAAGAAUGAACAGGAAACGUAUAAAAGGUGAUGGUGGUAUAACUGAUUGUCAGCAAGCAUUAAAUACUUUGUUUUCUGCUCUUUAUACCAUGGUGCGUAUUAAUGCACCCUUUACACCAUUCUUAACAGAAUUUAUGUUUCAACGUUUAGUGAAAAUCCUACCAUCAUCUAAAACUAAUAUGGACAGUGUUCACUACCAAAUGAUACCAGAGUCCUGUCCACAGUUAAUCAAUGAAAGUACUGAAAAAGCAGUAUCCUACAUGCAAACAGUAAUUGAAUUAGGACGUGUUGUAAGAGACAGGAAAACUAUUCCUGUGAAAUAUCCAUUACCAGAAGUCAUAGUAAUUCACCAAGAUGCCAAAGUUCUAGAUGAAAUAGUCUCUUUGAAGUCGUAUAUCCUUGAAGAACUUAAUGUAAAGGAACUCACAGUUACUACAGAUAAACAAAAGUAUGGUGUUGUAUUGAGAGCAGAACCAGAUCAUAAAAUACUUGGAGCACGCCUUAAGGGAGAAUUUAAAUCUGUUACACAAGCUAUUAAAGAGCUUACCGACGAACAAUUACAAACUUUUGUCGCAACAAAAGAAAUUAUUGUACAAGGUCACAAAUUAGAAGAGCAAGAUUUACGUUUGAUGUUUAGUUUCACUGGACCUGCUGCUGAACAACUAUCCAAGCAAUAUGAAGCCCAUAGCGAAGGAAAUAUUUUAAUUCUGUUGGAUGUUACUCCUGAUGAAAGUAUGCAUAAUGAAGGAUUAGCAAGAGAAGUAAUCAACAGGAUUCAGAAACUGCGGAAGAAAGCUCAAUUGGUUCCAUCGGAUGAUGCAAUUGCAUAUUAUGAAAUCCAAGACAAAGAUAGUAAUUUAGCAAAAGUGAUUGUUAGUCAUAAAGAUUUUAUCGAAACUGCAACUAAAACACUGCAAGAAGAUAUAUCCACAAUGCCAAGUAAUGCAAGUGUAAUCAUAGAAUCAAUGCAAAAUGUUAAAGGAGUAGAUAUGAAACUCGUUUUAACAAAAAUUAUACAACAAGAUCAAAAUAACAAAACGGAUGCAGAAACUUUGUUAAAAUAUGUAAAUGUUGAGCUUAUAGAUAUAAAACCACGAUUUGGAGCAACUAGUUGCUUAGGAACUAUUUUACUAGAAACUCUGAAAUCACUAACUCCAAUUUCAUAUGAACAAUUAAAGCGUGAAAUUGAAUUAAUAUUUGGAAUUUAUAAUUAUCCUUACGACUUAUAUAUUAAUGAUAAACUGAUGUUAGAAUUACCUGAUAUUUCGUCAUUGCAUCAACAAACAAUAAGCGUAAGAAAAGCAGGUUCGCCUACAACUCAAUCAUCUACAGCAUUAAAAUAUCCAGUUUGUAAAUUUGUUAACAUCGAUAGUACUGUAGGAAAGGGUACCAUUCUAUUAGAAAAUCCAAAACAAAACUUUAAUUUAGAUCGCGUAAUGUUAAAACAACAAUUACAUCUUUUCUUUGGUAAAGAAAAUAUUUCCGAAUCUUUACCUACAAUGUUAAGUGAAUUACAUGGAAAAACAUUGCAACUAAUUUAACAUUAAUCUAAGAAAUAAAUUUUAUUUAUUUGGUUUAUUUGAUUUAUUUCAAGGUUAAAUAGUUCCAUUAAAAUCUGAAUGAUGGUCGAGUGAAAUACGCUACAAACCUAGCUUUGUCUACAAAGUAUUUACUUAUUUAUUUAACAUAAAAGACUUUGUAAGUCGUUAUUUAUGUUUUCUGCAAAAAACAAUAUGUAACUAAUUGUUUUGUACGAUUGAAAAGUAAUAAAUGAUUAUUAAUUAUACAA